UUGGAUGAUUUUUUUUCGAUAGAUACCCUUUAUGGAGUGAUCAGUUAUCGUUAUCAGUGAUAUAUAUUCAUGCAGUUUUCAAAAGAAGAAAAAAAGGGGGGAUGCAUACAGCAAUGUUUUGAACUUGUGCUAAGAAUCAAAUUGAAUGUUUCCUUGAUCGGAAACCAAGAAAUCGAUAUACAUGAAACUGUCGAUUUCCUGCACAUAUUUGGCUAUGUUUCGAUCCCCUUUCACCAACUGUGUUUUGAAAUUAAUCGAAGAUUUGAUGAGUGAACAGUGAGUCAGUAAUGUACACUUCCAAACAAUCCUGGAGAAUCACUGCAUAAUGGCGUCGGAUUUUAUUCACAGGAAAAUCCCGUAGCAUCAUCAAACGUAGAAAUAAUGAUGUUUCUGCUGCUUUGUAAACUAUUCUUCUCUAAUCAAAAUACCAGGCCUUGGAAGGAUUUCCUCAGGAAAAAUCUCGGGUAAUAUGGAUAAAGAGUUAGACAAUGAAAACAAUAAGGGGGUGUCUGAUGAAACAAAAACAUACCGUAAAGAAGACAGUCUAUCUCUCUUAAACCAGGAUCCAGUCAACGACAGGGCCGAGCACUUCUGUUAUUUCUUCGGAAAAAACUCUCCAUUUAGUAAUUUUCAUCCUGCCAAGUUUGUUUUGGAUGGGAUGGAAUACAGUUGUAGUGAGCAAUACAUGAUGUACCAAAAAGCAAAGCUUUUUAAUGACGAGGAAGAAGCCAAUAAUAUAUUGAAAGCAACUGAUCCAUUUGAGAUGAAGAGGUGUGGAAGAAGAGUAAAGGGCUUUGAAAAUGACGUAUGGUAUAAAUACUGUGUUGGAAUCGUCAAGAAAGGAGUAAAGGCAAAAUUUAAGCAGAACCCACACUUGGAGAAGGCUUUGAUAGACACGUUCCCGCGGAUCCUUGCCGAGGCCACACCCCGAGGUCCCCUGUGGGGGAUAGGACUUGGACUUAGUGACCCUCUAAUAAGAAACCGGAAUACCUGGCGAGGGGAGAAUUGGCUGGGGUACUUACUUACGGACGUCAGGAAUCAGAUUAUGGAAGAGAAGGGAAUGUUUUCCUCGGUGGCCAGUGGAACUCAGGAUGCGGACAAAGGUUGUAAUUAAGAACCGAAGCUGUGGUCACACAAACCUCUGUAGUUGACAGAUGUACAAGGUGUUCAUUCGGGCAGUGCUAAUAAAUAGUUUGUUUGG